UAACAUUUCAGUAUCAGAGUGAACGUUACAACGGAAACAGCGUACUCAAAAGAGAUUUGCAUCUCUUUCACAAAUAUUAAUCACAAAUAAAUUCAGACGUGCAUUUUAAAGAACAUCUUGUAAAAUGUUCACUCGACCCGAAAUUUACGCAAUUUUCUUUCUUGUCGUGGGAAGUGUAUCCGCUGAUUAUUGUCCUAACAAUGAAACAUGCAAAUGCACAUCAGUUAGGGAUUAUUUGCUUGAUGUACAAUGUAAAUUAAACGAUUCUUCUAUUAACAUUCAAAUUAUACCACGCCAAUUUAUGAGGGUUUAUUGCUCUAACUUAAAGUGGUCAGACUUACAUACAUACAAUUUUACAAAAUACGUAACAAACCAGGUGUAUUUUUUUUCGUGUAAUUUACCAGAAAACGACAGUUUAAAAACGAUUACAGACAUGCUAGGAGCUACUGAUGUGAAGCUUUUACAUUUUUAUACGUAUAAAUAUUUAUCCUUUAAGAAACUGCAUUUGAAGGGCUUCGAGAAUUUAUAUUUAUUGGAUUUAUCGUAUAACUAUAUAGUUAUAAUGGACAAAUAUCUGCUGGAGGAUCUAACUAAUCUAAAGAAACUAAUUAUGCGCGACAGUAAUUUACAAACAACCUUUCCUUUUCAUUAUCCUCCCCAAUUGCGUGAGAUAGACUUUGGAGAGAAUAAAUUAAUAUCAAUAACACCAGGCUCAUUCGACAAAUGUCAUAAUUUAACAUUCCUUUCUUUAGCAAAUAAUAACUUAACUGAACUUGAAUCGGGAAUCUUCGACAAACUCAUCAAUCUUAAGUCUUUGUACCUUACCUCGAAUAACUUGGUCAGCUUGCCGGAAGACAUAUUUGCGAAGCUAAAAAAUCUCGAAACACUUAGUUUAUCUAAAAACAGUUUUACAAUUUUGCCAAGAUACCUGCUACAAAACAAUACAAAUCUGCAAAGUUUUGACUUAUCCUUCAAUAAGAAGAAAUUGAUCGACUUACCAAAUGAAUAUUUUCAAAAUUUAACAAAAUUGAAGAUAUUGAACCUGGAAAAAAAUGGAUUAAGUUUUUUGCCGGAAGAUCUUUUGUGGGGAUGUUCCUCACUGACUACUCUCAGUCUAAGUGGAAAUGAUCUUGGUUUUUUACCCAAACUCAUAUUCCGGGAUUUAAAAAAGCUGAAAGAAUUGAAUUUAGACUCCAAUGCACUUAAAGAACUACAUAAUUAUAUAUUUUCGGAUCUCAGAAACUUAAGAAAAUUAAAUUUAUCAAAAAAUUGUAUUCGUUCCAUUAACAAUCAGCUUUUCCAAAAUUUAAUCAAGUUGGAAAAAUUGAACAUGGCAGAUAAUUCCUUAUCAGUUAUUUCUGAUACAAGUUUCAAUUCUUUAAGCAGAUUAAGGAUUGCUAAUUUUUCAAACAACUCUCUAACGUUACAGCCCACUACAAGUAUUCAUAUGGAUGAACAAAAAGUACAUUCAUUUUUUGUUCAUUGUCGUUUAUUAGAAGAAUUAUAUUUAAGUCACAAUAAUAUUUCAACAAUAUGCGACGACUGGAUUUCUAUUCAUUUACACCUUAAGAAACUGGAUCUCAAUAAUAACUAUAUAUCCGGUUUUUCUAUCCGCGAUUUACAGUUUGCAUCAAAAAGAAUCGAAGUGGAUUUAACUUAUAAUAAAAUACUAUACAUCAGUUUAGACGAUGUCGAAGACUUGAUCAAUAAUGGUCGGUUCAACAACAUAGCGAUAUUGAUUGGACAUAAUCCUUUGCAUUGCGAUUGCGACUUGUAUGACUUUCUGCGCUAUAUCGAAGGCAAAAUGCAUCCUAGCGUCAAAAGACAUAUUCGUAUAGAUUCAGAAAAUUUAAAUUGUUACACUCCAUUCCAAUUGAAAGACGUGCGUGUUAUAAAUUUGCAACUUGACAAGUCAUGUUUAGGAGAUCAUAUAGAUAUUGUGAUGUGUCCCGAUAAGUGUAACUGCUUUGUGAAGCAGGAGGAAGAAACGUUUAUGAUUGAUUGCUUUCGCAAAAAUUUGACUAUUGUGCCAAGCUUGAUGAUAAAGCCGCCCGAUUCCUGGCAAGUCGAACUCAAUCUCUCCAAUAACCAAUUAACACAAAUGCCAAAUUUGACAAACUUGAGUUAUGGAGUAGUGAGCAAACUUAUCUUAUCUCACAAUAACAUUUCCGAGAUUUCCUUGGAUGGAUUGUCGAAAACAUUAAAGGCCUUGGAGAUACAUAAUAAUAAUAUAUCAACAAUAUCUUCCGAUGUGUUAAAUUUCUUGAGAAACGCCACGAAUUUAACUUUAUUGACGUUACGUGGAAAUCCAUUGAUAUGCGACUGCAAUACUACAGAUUUCUUAGAUUUCCUUAUCACGAAAUCCAAAAUUAUAGCUGAUCUGCAUAAUGUGACGUGUUAUGGCAAGAAUAAACUUAUAUUAAACAUGAUGACAAAGAAAUUGACCGAUUUUUGUCCGAUUGUUCAUUAUGUGAAGAAUAAUGGAGAAUAAUUGUAUACAGAGCACAUUUACUAGUUUAUUUCUACUUUUUCGGAAUUAAUCUUUGGCACAUUCUGUUAUAUGUAUUAACUGCAUUUUAAAAAAAGGCUAUUUACUCAUGGAUUUUUAAUAGACGCAGAUGUAGAAGAUGAAUCAGACAACGAGAAAUUAUACGACGCGUUUAUAAGCUACUCGCAGGAUUAUCAUGAUUUCGUGAUGAAUGUGUUAGUGCGCGCACUGGAGAAUGGCUCGACGUCAUUCAAGCUGUUUCUUUCCUUAUAGAGAUUGGUUAACAAGCGAAUGGACAAUUGGUAAACAUUGUAAAAUCUCUAGAAUUGUCCCGACAAAUGAAAAUGGUGCUGUCGCCAAGCUUCUUGAAGAACAUCUGGAGAAAGACAGAAUUUCGUGUUGCGUUUAGUCAAACGUUUGACAAGAAGUAAUCAGACAUGAUAUUAAUCCCGUACGGUAAUAUAGAACCCACUGACAAAAGCUUAGAUUCAGAGCUGAAGACGUACAUAUAUUCGAACACUUACAUCAGAUGGGAAGAUGCUUGGUUCUGGAAUGAGUUGAAAAAUCAUUGAAGCAUGAUUUUCAGCUGAGCACAAAUCGCAGUAAAUUUAAAUUUUAAUAUUAUAAUCAGAUUUUAAAUAAAAUAUUAUCUUGUUAAAUAACAAGAUAAAAUUUGA